AGUCGGUAAAGUUUGUCCGUGGACGUGAUCCGUCGUUAUUGUCCCCUCGCGGAUGCCAUAGAUUUACGAAUGGCAGUCAUUUUUGAAUAUAUCAAUGUUUUCUAUUGACAUGCUUUCGGCUAGAAACUGAAGACGUUUAAGUUUUGUUCGAAUUUUGUUUAAAAAUACGUAACAAUGAAUGUUCAGCCUUCCAACCCCAACAACCCGAUUGUGUUCUUUGACGUAACCAUUGGAGGACAAGAAGUUGGGAGAAUGAAGAUAGAACUCUUUGCCGAUGUGGUUCCCAAGACGGCAGAGAACUUCAGGCAGUUCUGUACAGGGGAAUUCAGAAAGGAUGGUGUCCCUAUUGGAUAUAAAGGCUGUGCAUUCCACAGGGUGAUAAAGGACUUCAUGAUCCAAGGUGGGGACUUUGUAAAUGGCGACGGUACAGGUAUCUGCAGCAUCUAUAGAGGACCGUUUGCAGAUGAAAACUUUCGAAUGAAGCACUCUGCCCCUGGCCUCCUGUCAAUGGCAAACAGUGGCCCUGGCACAAAUGGCUGUCAGUUUUUCAUUACCUGUACCAAAUGUGACUGGUUGGAUGGGAAGCAUGUGGUCUUUGGGAAAGUGGUCGACGGCUUGCUUGUAAUGAGAAAAAUUGAGAACGUUCCUACCGGCCCAAACAACAAACCCAAGCUCCCCAUCCUCAUAGCCCAGUGUGGGGAAAUGUGACUUUCCUCAGCAAUUUACUCUUUUUAUAAUUUUUAUUUCAAUCAGUGUGUUCUUAUCCCAUUUUUGCUAUCAAUUGACCUGUACCUAAUUCUGUUUACUUCUUUAAAUUGAGUGGAAGUUAGUCUGUUAAAGUUUGCUACACACAUUACAUUUUUCUCCUAUGAAUAGUAAGUACAGCUACACAAACUGACACGUCCAUGUUUUACAUAAUCAGUUUCUCUCAAUUCCUGAAAUUGUAAAUAAAGGAUGUGAAAAGGGUCCAAUCUAUGCGUAACAUUUGGGAAACUGUUUCUCUUACACAUCAACCAGACCUAAGCCUAAUCACUUCUAACCAAAACGUCAUAAUUUUUAUUCGGCUGCAUGUAUUAGUGACAGUAGGCAACAAAGGCAGUGACCAGAAUAGGGUUUCAGUGAUGGCCUCUUGGCAUAGUGGAUCCCCAUCACGGUCUGUCACUACUUCAUCCAUUUGAGCAGGGUCUUCAACCUUUUCUUACUUCUCAGACUCCCAUCCAGGCAAUCAGUCAAAGGGCGGUCCAUUAUAUGUUACAAAGUCACAUACUGUUGUCCUUCUGAACUUGCACAAUUUAGAAAUUUGAAAUGUGUGUGUAAAUACGGAUCAUGUGAAUAAAAUAUCUUUUUUUAAA